GUUUUUUUCGUUUGUUCGCACCGAAACAUUACUCCAGAGAUUUAUAGUUGCAAAAAUUGAAACUCUCAAAUUUAUUCUGUAACGGUCCUCUUCGCGCCAUCUUUUGCUGAUACGGGGACUCAGGUGGACAGUCAAGCACCCGCCGGAGGCGGCUCAGCCUCUGUUUUAUUCCCUUCCCCAGUCGCCUACGACCAGGACCAAAUCGAGAGCACUAAGACCUUGAUUUGUGCCCUUAAUUUACUAUCCCGCAAUCUCCCCCUCCCUCAAGACGUUUUUGAUGCUGUUUCCUCCAUCUUUUUCGCGGAGGAGGAUGAAGCGGAUGAAGACAGCGCCAUGGAGAACUCGUCCAGCCAAGUGGCUGGAGCUAAUUAGUCCACCGGAGGCAGGAGCUAAUUGGUCCACAUUCCAUAGUUGCUUUUAAAUGCCAGACUGUUGAUUUAUUUUGAUUGGUUCUGGCAUGGAAACUUAUGGAGAACUGAUGGCAGAUUUUGAGGAUUCAUUAUUCAAAGAAAAAUCUAGCCAUACAUCAGGUUCUGCAUUGAAAAGAUCGAAGGAAUUACGUCAUGAGAGCCACAUGCAUAGUCGCUUGGUUGAACUUGAAGAUUUGCCAACUAGCAGAGGCGAGGACCUGCAGUUGAAGUGCUUGAUCGAACUUUAUGGAUUAAAGCUCACAGAAUUACAGCGCAAAGUUCGUUCUGAAGUGAGUUCAGAGUACUGGCUUCGUGUGUAUUGCUCUAAUCCUGAUGAGCAGUUAUUUGACUUGGGUAUGAUGCGAUUGAGCCACCCUAUAUAUGGAAUUGGAGAUGCUUUUGCUGUUGAAUCUGAUGAUCCCUUGAAGAAGAAGCGUGACGCUGAGAUUUUUGAAGUGUCACAGUGUCCCUCUGUGAUUCCCAGCUUUCUAAUAUGGCUGAAAUGGCUUCACAGAGGUUAUCAAGAAUAGAAGAAGAGGCAAGAAAUCAUGUGGAAACUAAGAAAAGAAAAUUCUUUGCGGACAUACUUAAUGCAGCACGCGAACUCCAACUGCAUGUACAGGCAGUUCAAAAGCGUCGAAAACAAAGAUAUGAUGGUAUCCAGGCAUGGCAUGGAAGGCAAAGACAACGAGCUACGCGAGCAGAAAAGUUGAGGUUCCAGGCGCUUAAAGCUGAUGAUCAAGAAGCAUAUAUGAAAAUGGUUGAUGAGAGCAAGAAUGAGCGGUUGAGAUUGCUUUUGCAAAACACCAAUGAUCUUCUUGGCCGUCUGGGAGCUGCUGUCCAACGGCAAAAAGAUGCUGAUCAUGAUGGUAUUGAACCUUUAGAAGGUCCAGGUUCUGGUUUGCAAGAGUUGACUGCAUCAAAAACUGGUACUCCUGGACUGUCAGCCCCCGAGGAGAAUGAGGAUGUUGAUAAUGAAGCUACUUGUGACACAAAGACAAAUGAUUUACUCGAAGGACAACGGAAAUAUAAUUCAGCAGUGCAUUCAAUCCAGGAAAAGGUAACAGUGCAACCAACCAUGCUUCAGGGUGGAGAAUUAAGACCUUACCAGAUAGAAGGGCUUCAAUGGAUGGUGUCUCUGUUCAAUAACAAUCUUAAUGGAAUUUUAGCAGAUGAAAUGGGGCUGGGGAAGACAAUUCAAACUAUUUCUCUUAUUGCACAUCUAAUAGAAAACAAGAGUGUGACUGGCCCGCACUUGAUUGUGGCCCCAAAAGCUGUACUGCCAAAUUGGAUGAGUGAAUUUCAAACAUGGGCACCUAGCAUCAUUGCUGUUCUUUAUGAUGGGCGGCUAGAGGAAAGGAAAGCAUUGAGGGAAGAGUACUCUGGGGAGGGGAAAUUUAAUGUGAUAAUAACCCAUUAUGAUCUUAUCAUGAGAGAUAAAGCAUUUUUGAAGAAAAUUCACUGGUACUACUUGAUUAUUGAUGAAGGACAUAGGUUGAAAAAUCAUGAAUGUGCUCUUGCACGGACUGUCGCAGGCUACCGAAUCAAGCGGAGACUUCUAUUGACUGGUACCCCAAUUCAAAAUAGCUUACAGGAAUUAUGAUCACUUCUUAAUUUUCUCCUACCAAACAUAUUUAAUUCUGUGGAGAACUUCGAGGACUGGUUUAAUGCGCCUUUCUCGGAUAAAUGUGAUAUCACUCUAACAGAUGAAGAAGAGCUAUUAAUUAUUCGACGUUUGCACCAUGUUAUUAGGCCAUUCAUAUUACGGAGGAAGAAAGAUGAAGUGGAGAAGUUCCUUCCUGGGAAAACACAGGUUAUCCUGAAAUGCGACAUGUCAGCUUGGCAGAAAUUAUACUAUCGCCAAGUUACAGAUGAAGGGAGGGUAGGACUGGGUACUGGAACUGGAAAAUCCAAAAGCUUGCAGAACUUGUCUAUGCAACUCAGGAAAUGUUGCAAUCACCCUUACCUCUUUGUGAAUCAGUAUAAUAUGUGGCAAAAGGAGGAAAUCGUGAGAGCAUCUGGGAAAAUGGAGCUUCUUGACCGCUUACUUCCCAAACUCCGUAGAGCUGGACAUAGGGUCCUCCUUUUCUCACAGAUGACCCGUCUCAUGGACAUUCUUGAAAUCUAUUUGCAACUGAACGAAUAUAAGUAUCUUAGACUUGAUGGCGCAACAAAAACAGAGGAAAGAGGUUCUUUGGUGAGACAAUUCAAUGCCCCAGAUUCCCCUUACUUCAUGUUUCUCCUUAGUACCCGUGCUGGUGGACUUGGCCUGAAUCUACAGACAGCAGAUACUGUGAUAACCUUUGACAGUGAUUGGAACCCUCAAAUGGACCAACAGGCAGAAGAUCGAGCACAUCGGAUUGGUCAAACGAAAGAAGUCAUGGUAUUUGUUUUGGUUAGUGUAGGAUCAAUUGAAGAGGUCAUCUUGGAGCGCGCAAAACAGAAGAUGGGCAUUGAUGCUAAGGUCAUCCAGGCAGGGCUGUUCAAUACAACUUCCACUGCUCAAGACAGGAGAGAACUGUUAGAAGAGAUCAUGCGUAGAGGUACCAGCACUCUUGGGACUGAUGUGCCUACGGAGAGAGAUUAAUAAUCUUGCAGCACGGUCAACAGAGGAAUUUUGGCUCUUUGAGAAGAUGGAUGAGGAGAGAAGGCAAAAGGAGCGUUACCGGUCUCGUCUCAUGGAAGAUCAUGAGGUUCCAGAUUGGGCUUAUGUUCAAGCCGAUUCCAACCAAGGAAAAGGAAAAGGAUUUCUACAUGACAGUGCCAAUGUAAACGGAAAAAGGAAAAGAAAAGAGGUUGUGUAUAUUGACACACUGAGUGAUCAACAGUGGAUGAAGGCUGUGGAGGAUGGGGAAGAAUUUCUGAAGCAUGCUUCUGGAAAGAAGAGGCGGCAGCAGGAGCAUCAGAAGCCCAAUGCCGCUGCUGCAGACGAUUCAUUACCUACUAACACGCUGAGGGAGCAUGAAGAGCAGCAGGCUGAUGUGCCUCUGCCUCCUACAAAUAAAUGGAGCGAGCAACAACGGCCACCUACCCCACCUUGUGAUACGCCUCUUAGUAUUAGUUCCAGAGGGGAGGGAGGGGAGAGGGCUCGUGAGGUGAAAAGUGAAACUGCUUCACUGGCAAACGAAGAGGGAGCAACAACAAGUGAAGACACUAUUGGAACAAUGUCUCCAGAAAGGUACAAACCAGUAGUAGCUCCCCCACCGUCACAGAGGAGUGACUAUAACAGUUUGACUUGUAAUUUAGGUGGACCAACAUGGAAGGCGCUCAAGAGAAGGAGAUCCAGCUUGGCAUAAUGAAUGUUACUUUUCGUUACAGAUAUACUGUUGGAAGAGGGCCAUACGGUGCAGAUGAAAGAAAUGACAACCUUCCUGGUUGCUGGCUGCUAUUGGUUAAUUUGGGCAGCCUAUCAGGCUUAGUAGUCCAAGAUGAGCAAAUCUGGUAGUCCAAGAAAACAAGGCAAAUCCUGAUUGUUAUCUCAACACCCCAGCUAAACCUUCACCUUGUUCUACUUUUGCAAACAAAAUGUAUUUUUGCUGCGGUUCCAUUUUAUAUCUUGCCUGUCAUUUUGGUUUGUCCCACAAGGCCACGAUGAUGUCCUUUUUCUAAAUUUACAAUUUUGUCUCUAAUUUAUACCCUUUAUUGUGUGAUAUUAACAACUAUUUGUACAAGUUCUUACAAUAGUUAUGCACCAUUUAGGAGGUAAAAUUUGC